AUGCCCUACCACAUUGUCCUCUCCUCAUCCUCCUCCUCAACAUCCACAGCCACAGCACACAACUAUCUCUCUUGCAAAUACAACAGCUGCAGCUCGUCCUUCUCCGGUACCGCGAUGGGUGUUAAUCAUUUAUGGGAGGUGCUCGAGCCUGCCACGACAACAGUGCCCAUCGUGUCCCUCGCCCUCUCGGAUCGAUAUGCAGAACCCGCCCCUCACCUGUCCUACGUCGUGGGCAUUGAUGCAAGUGGAUGGUUUGAACAGUGCCAACAAGGCAAAUGGCAGCGUGCACACGCUCAGACUGGAAUGAAUCCUGCCCUCCAGACCUUUCUAUUUCGCCUGGCUUGGCUUGCGCAAUUCCCGGUGUAG